AUGGUGUCUUUCUCGUGCGAGGCAUGUGGUGAUGUUCUCACAAAGAAGAAGCUCGACCCUCAUCGUGGUCAAUGUCGUGGCGCAUCAUUCACUUGUAUUGAUUGCAUGGUGCAUUUCUGGGGAACCGAGUACAGAGCUCAUACGUCAUGCAUGAGCGAGGCGCAAAAAUACCAGGGCGCUCUCUAUAAAGAGAAACCUCAAAAGGGAAAAAAAGGGCAGAACAACCAGCAGAACGCGAAGCAAAACCCCCAAGCCCGCAACCAGCAACCCCGUGUGGAGGACGGCUCUGAUGGCGAGGGCCUCAAGAACGCUCCUCCUCCCCCUGCUCCCACACCCCCGCCCGCUGGUGAAGCGAAGACCCUUGCUCCGGCCCCGGUGAACGACAAGCCUGUCAAUGUCUUCGAUUAUCUCGUCACCGAUGAGACCCCGAAUGCGUCCAAGGUCUCGCUUGCCACGCCCAAGGAACAAAUGAAGAUGAAAUCCAACGCCAAAUCGGUCUUUGAGCCCAGCGGAGCCCUGACUCGUGUCGAAACCAACCCAAAUACGGACGACGAGGGUAAAAACUACGACGUCGCAUACCAGGAGAAUGGCUUUUCCUACGGCGCCGGCCACAUCCCGCACGCGGAAGUGCCGCCGAACGUGUCAACAGAGUUUGUCACGCCCGCACCUAAAAAGAAGAAAGACCGUCGUCGCGAGGAGAAGGCCCCCGGCACCGUCAGCGAGAAGAAGCGCAAGCGCGGCCAAGCCGAGGUGCUCAGCACCCCCCGCGAUGCAGUCGAUACCCCGAUGAUGGACGCCCCCUCCAGCAUCAUCAACAACGCCGGCACCCCCAUGCUGCAACACUCCGGCCUUACCGGCAGCCUGAACCGAAUGAUGCACUCCCCCUCCGUCGAUGGCGACGACAGCCCAGAAACAAACCGUCGCGCCUACCAGGACGCCUCGUCCCCCAUCAAGCGCAGCCGCCGCAACGGCAAGGAAGCCAACGGCGACUCAGGUCUCGGCAUCUCAAUGAAGAACCGCGCCGGCCGCCUCGUUUCCUCCAUGUUCGGCGGCUCAGCCGUCUCCAGCACCAAUAGCGCAAAUGGAGACCACCACUCCAAGGCCGUUAUCCGCACCCGACGCGGCAGCUCCUCCAGCGGCGACGCCCAUCUCGAAGUCCGCAAGAGCAAGAAGUCCCACCGCUCCCAUGAUGAUCGCGACGAGUCCCGCAAGUCCAAGCGCAAGAGCUCAAACCCCACAGAUGGCGACAGACCCUCCCGCCGUCUCAAGCAGGUUGAUGAGCGCCGCGGCUCCGCUGACCACGGUCACCAGGUCGCCGUCUACAAGCAGUCCCGGCCGCCGGCGCGCACGGAUGAGGAUUUGCAGCGCGAAUUGGCGUACCAUUUCCUUUCGCUGGUGUCGAAGGACACCGAGCGUGGCUGUUCGCUUAACAAGGCGCUUAAGCGCUUCCACCGUGAUCUUUCUGAUGAGUAUGAUGCUGAUCGCGGCCGUGAUCAUGGUCGGAGCCGGGCGGACCGCGAACGCAGACUUGAUGAUGAGAAGGAUCUGUUCCGUGCGUUGAGGUUGCGACGGAAUGAUCGUGGUGAGAUUGUCUUGUUCAUCUAG